UAGCCUGUUGGGCCCUGCGAUUUGCGUUCACACACACCCGUGUGGUGGUGGAGGUGGUUGUGUUAUUGGAGAUCUUUACCAUACGAUAUUUGAAACGAAAUUUUUAUAUAAACAACUGUUCUCAUAUAAAUAUAAGCUUGUAGAAAGCUCAAGUAAAUGUCAUUCUUAGACGAACAGCUAGAAAGUAGAACACUUAAUUCUGUGCGCGGAAGUACAAUUAAAUCGCAUUCGUAUACUUACUCGGUGUCAACUUGUUCAUAUAAUUACUCCUCAACAGGCGAAAAUGGUGCGAACGAUGAAAUCCUCGAAGGAAGCUUUAAGACGCAACAAGAAUCAAAUUCAAACCGAAGAUAUGUUGCAAGAUCAUUCACGGAUGAUGAUGAGCUCCUCGUCAUCAGAGGACGAAACACCGAAAGUAUUAAUUCCAAGGGGACAAUGUUCGAGCAGCGAAAGGGACAGCGACGACGAUUGCCAAGAGAUUCCACCAGGUCAGGAAGUUCAACUGAGGAAAACGGUGACAGUAAUGAUACCCGAAGGACAAAAAUUGUCAGAAGAUCCUCUGUUGCCUUCUCAGGAGAUAGUAGUAGAACAUCAAGAACCGCAAGCUGGGUGCAGCAACAGCAACAAAUCAAUGUUACUAAUAGACCUAAUAGAAUUAAUUUGGAGUUCAAUGUUUUUGAAAGUGAUAAUAGAAGUCUUAGUCAAAGUAGAACGAAUUUAUGUGAAAGAGAGGAAUUUAGAAAUGAAACGCCAGGUUAUCAUUAUUCAGAAAUUGAUGUUGAGUGUAUUAAAGAAGGCCAAAGCGAAUUCGAUAGAAUUAAAGAGGUUUUCGUUCAAGGCUUUCGUAAAUUUGUGCCAAAAAGACGAAUUGUACACGAAAUAUAUGAAAAAGCCUCUACCGAAUAUUUUGGUAGAGAAAAUUAUUCAGACCUACGAGAAAAGCAUAGAGGAGCCGUGUUCAUCGUCUGUGACCACGAAGAACAUUACCACGUCAUCCACGAUUGUACCUACCAUAAUUACGCCUGCCGUUGUUCAAUCAUUGAACGAUGGAAGGCAAGAAAAAGUGUUGGGAGAAGAUUUUCUCGACGAACUACUCCCAGUAUCGAGUACUCCAUUGAACAUUGGGUCAAUCUCGCAAUCUAUUGCGAGAGGGACUCAAGACAAAUUUGUACAAUGGACAUCGCCGGGCGAAACUGCGUUCCAUGUGAUAAAAUUAGAUGUGUACAAUUUUUCCAAGAUUGUAAAGUUGGAAAAAAAAAAUUGGUGGAAGGAAGCCGAAGUGCGAACAACCUUCUUAACGAGUUCGCCUCUCGAUCCGAACUAUAUAGCAAUACAAAAGAUCCUAAAGAAUGCAGCCAAACAAAUAGUGAAUAUCGAGGGGACGAAAAAGACGGAAAAGCCGAAAAAUUAUUACUUUGGCUCAAAAAAUACGCAAUAAGUCCAUUAUCGCAUAUAUACUCAACAUCAAUUUGGCUGAAUUCAAAAUGGAAAUUUUUUAAUAGAAUAAGUCCAUUAAUGUUAAAUAUUAUGAGAAUACAUGGAUCUUUCUAUAAUGAUUUAAGUAUUGCCGAAUUGUAUACACAUUUUUUUCAAUUAGAUCCACAGAAUUUAAUUUUUAAUGCAUCGCAUUGUAAUAUUCACAAAUAUUAUUAUUCUUUAGAGAAAUCUAUUGAAAUAUU